UAGAAGGGAAGAAGACACAUAUUCGCUUAACAGCCGCUUCUCUCUGGAUCAAGCAGAGGGAUCAAAAACAACGAGUGGUCUUCUUCAAGUUCUUCAUGGCUUGUUGAAACUAUCGACCUCUGCCCAGGUUGGGAUUACAAGGGUAACGUCGAAUUACACGGAACCUCGUUUGACUGCCACCAAGCCGACUUUCAGGUCUUGUUCGAUUGUAGAGAGACGAGGCUUUUGUUCUUCGAUCUACCACAACAUACCUCCAAUUAAGGCAAUCCCUUCUAGGCAUAAAGAUGACAGACUAUGCACAGGAACAAGCAAUGGAAAUUGAAGCAUUAGAAGCAAUACUUAUGGAUGAUUUUAAAGAAAUUCAUUCUGGUGAGAGUGGGUUAAAUACAUCAAAACCGUGCUUCCAAAUAACAUUAUCUCCACAGGAUGAUGAGUUAGAUGAAUCAAUAACAACUCCAGUUCAGUUGGGUUUAGUUUUCUCACACACUGAAAAGUAUCCGGAUGAACCACCUCUUUUAAAUGUGAAGAGUAUUCGAGGAAUACAAGUCAAUGAUCUUCGAAUUUUGAAGGAAAAGCUUGAGCAAGAGGCAUCUGAGAAUCUUGGUAUGGCUAUGAUCUACACGCUUUUCACGUCAGCCCAAGAGUGGCUGUCCGAAAGUUUUGGUGAAGAUGUGAAUGCGGAGAAUGUUGAAGAAGAGGUGGCAAAAGAUGAUGUUAUCAUACCCCAUGGAGAACCUGUUACUGUUGACACAUUUAUGGCAUGGAGAGAAAGAUUUGAGGCCGAGUUGGCGCUGGAGCGAGCCAAAUUGAUGCCUGAAUCUGCACUUUCUGCUGCCAAGGAAAAGAAGAUUUCUGGCAGGCAAUGGUUUGAAAGUGGAAGAGCCAAAGGUGCAGUCCCAAUCAAUGAAGGAUCUGAUGAUGAGGAAGAUGAUGAAGAAGUUGAUUUUGAUGAUGAUGAUUUUGAAGAUGAUGAAGAAGAUAUGCUUGAGCACUAUUUGGCCGAGAAACCAGACUCAUCUCAUGCAACAUAAAAUCCUGAAACUUCACAUGGAACAGUACUGCUGAACUUUAUAGCUUGACAGAACCGUGUCUCCAGUCUUCUUCACGCAGAUCCACAGCUUCCAUGUGAUUUGGAGCAUGCUUUGGAACAUGAAAGACUUGGCUUUUGAAGACGGUGUAGAAUUAAUCAGCAGACGCUUCGACCUCAAACGAGAUCUCCAUCUUUCUUUGCAUGUAUGUUGCUGUUAUUGCUGCCAUGGUUUCCCUGUAAUAUUAUUCUCUUGUGAUUAAGCAAUAGAGAUGAAGUUGGAAGUUCCUUAUAAAGAGGUGUAGCCAGUAUUAAACUCUGACACUGCAUUAUUGCACAUUUGGCCCAUAAUUCUAAAUUAUUUAUCAAUACCCUCGGAAGUAAUUUUACAGGUA